GUAUCGUUCGAAAAAUUCGCCGACCAACCAACCAUCUCUUCUAAUAAUAUCCUCCUUCCUUCCUUCCUUCCGGUCUCUCUCUCUCUUUCUCUCUGAUUUGACGACAAAGCCUCCCUGCCUACCUUCCGAUGGCUUAAUCUGCAGGCUUCCUCUCCGUCAAUAAAAUUUCCUCUGAAUUGAUAUGGAAAUUGUGGAGGAUUUGGUUGCAGAUGACGCCGCCCAUGAUUUUGAUUCCGAUUACGAGUUUGAUGCUUCUCAUUUCUGUGAUUUUUUGAAAGAGGAGACGAUUGCAGAGGCUCAACAGGCUGAGAGCUGGUUCCGAUUCGCUCAUGAGUAUCCGCCUUCUCCCUUUCUUGUGAAGUUAAAAUUUAUGAAGGCAGCCGAAACCGAUCCGAACAAAACCAGCUCCAGUAAAUUAGAAGCUAAUAAAAAUACCACUACAUCCAUCAUUUUGGAUGGCGACAUCGAUCAUAAAGCUGCCUCAAGAGAGAUGAAAAUCAAAGGUGUGAAGCAUCAUAAUCAUAUUCCUCAAGAUAAUAAAAAGGCUAAACCAAAGUCCACAGUCAACUUAUCUAAACCAAGUGGUUCAUCGUUCAUGAAACCUACUGCUAGUCAUUUGGCAAAGCAGAAUAAAGAAUGUGACAUACAUUCAGGCGGCUUUGGAAGGUUGCAGAAGCCAUUAGUUAGUGCAGUUGAAAAGCUACGAUCUCCUAUCAGAAUUCAAAAUCAAACCACCAAAAGACAGAAGCUAGAAAUUGGUUAUUUGCGUAAGGCUGCACAAUUGAAGCACCGGGCUUCAUUUUUGCACAAAACAUCCAAGAAGGCUGUACAACUGGAAAGCAGCUCAACUUCUAAAGUUAAACCCACUAUUCCCAAAAAGCCUGCAUUGGUAACCGAAGAGCGAGCUCAAACGCGCAUGUCCCAGAAUAAAUCUGAAUCCCUUCAUGGCCCACCGAACCGAAAAAUUCUUGAUGCUCCUAAAUUGGCCCAACAUCAGAAAAACAUGACUCGGUCAAAUGACAAGGUGCAUCCAAUUAAAGAUGGCGGAUUUAAACUAAAUUCAAAACAAAACUCUCAUCUACCACCAACAGAAUUAUUCAAAAAGCUCUCUUUGAAAUCUGAACCCGAGACAAAAGUUACAUCGUCGUUAAAACAAACUCAUUUAACGAAGGGGCUGAAGGAGAAUGUUCCUGAUUACCAGCAGGAAUUUCGGAGAUGUGUCGGGAAGCCAAAUCAUUAUGGAACCGAUUCAAGGAUCACCGAAGUUAAAAUAUAGCCCUACAUUAACAGGAGCUCGAGUUUUAAUUGGUGGAGAAGAAAGACAUGCGGCGAGGAAAUAUUUUUCUGUAUUUUGACUUCCAAAUAUAAAGGAAAAAGUAAAACACUAACAGCACAUAUAGCGGAAGCUUUAAUCACAUAUAGCGGAAGCUUUAAUCACAUAUAGAAUAUCAAACCAAAGGAGAGAGAUUCUUGAAGCGGCUCAUCCCAUCUGGCCAGCAACGGUUCGAUUCUUAUUCAUCGAUAAAUAUGUAAUAAAUGCCGUUUAUAUUCAUGUAUAUCUUUUCAAAAAUCACUGCUUUGACAUUUCAAAUGAAAAAAAUGUUCUAUACAGAUUAUACUAUAGUGGAAUCCUAUUGAAUAUAUUUGUUUGUGGCAUGUAACAUUUAAGAUGUUUCUUAUAAUUCACUUUGAAUUCAUUA